CCCCGACGCCCACAACUCGCCGGAAACAGGCACCUCUACAACACCUCAGCUUCGGUGAGACUCUUGGGGCUUACAGGUUUUUCAAUCCAGCACUGAACAUAGAGGAGGGGUCGGUUGUUCUUGAGACAAUACGAUCAUGUCCCGGUUCAUCGAUCACAGUCGCGACUUGGCCAUUCCGCUGGGCUCUCUAGUCCUCGUCACCGGCAUCUCGGGAAUGAUCGCAAUUCACAUCGCGGACGAAGCGCUCCGAGCCGGAUUCCGUGUGCGCGGGACAGUGCGAACGGCUGCCCGAGCCCAUGAAGUGCGCUCUUUGCUUCCAUCGCCCGACCUGGAGAUUGUCCUUGUGCCAGAGAUGGGGGCCCAGGGUGCAUACAAUGCGGCGUUGACCGGCGUGUCGGCGGUCAUCCACUGCGCCUCCAUCACCAACUUCUCCCCAGAUGCGGAAUCGGUCAUUCCCACCACGGUAAACGCUCUGGUAGGCCUUCUGGAAGGCGCGUUGUUGCACCCCAGCGUGAAACGGGUCGUGUUCACCUCGACUAGCGGGGCGGCUUCGAAGCCCCGGCCUGGGGUGCAGUUCGCAAUCGAUCGCGACUCCUGGAAUCAAGAGGCGGUAGAGCUUGUGGAGAGAGAGGUGUCCGAGGAUGAACGGAGCAAGAUGGGGUUUGAGUGGGGGUACCAGGUGUACGUGGCCUCCAAAGUGAAGGCCGAACGAGCUGCCUGGCGCUUCGUGGCAGAGCGGAACCCACCGUUUGUGGUCAAUGUCAUCAACCCAGCGAUGAACUGGGGCAAAGUCAUGGGGUCCAUGGGGAUCAGUGGUCUACAUGUACAGACUAUCCUCAACGGUCAGAUUCCGCCUAUUCCAUCAGUGUACAUGGUCGAUACCAUCGAUGACGCUCGGAUCCAUGUUGCCGCGGCAAUCGAUGUGACGGUGGCUAGCGAGCGGAUCUUUGCCUGCGACGAACCCUUCACCUGGGGCCGUGUGGUUGACAUAAUCCGGAGGGUCCUGCCCGACGCCAUGCUGCCCAGGGCCGACCCCGAUCAAUUGGUGGACCUGAGUACAGUGGACAACACACUGGGGGCCCGUCUCUUGACCAAAUGGUGGGGGCAGGCUGGUUACAAAGGACUAGAUCAAACCAUACGUGAGACGGUGGAAAUGUGCUUAGAACGGGGUAGCUACUCGCGUUAACCCCCCAAAUUGGUGCUGAAUUUCAAACUUCUGGCAGUAAGUCGACUGAUGUUCACGACGCUCUGUUGUUCUAUGCAUAAGUAUGUUUCUACAAGAAUGAUUUAGGAGCCCUUUGACCCUCCGAGGCGAUCUGUCGUGCUGGGUUCAAGGUGAAUCGCCGGCCCUGGGCUACGCGAUCGGCCUGCGGCAAUAGUAUCGCAGGGGGUGAAAAGGAGUGGGGAAUAGAAACAGAGGCCAAGUACAAGGAACUAUUAAGUCAGACUAUAUGUUUCUCG